AUGGCCGAGGUGGACGACACCCUGAAGCGGCUGCGUGCGGCGGUGCCGGCCGACCCCAUGCUGGCGGAGGAGGUGGGCACUGAGCAGGUGGCGGAGGUGGUGUCGCGCUGGACCGGCAUCCCCACCACGCGGCUGCAGCAGACAGAGCGCGACAAGCUCAUGCACCUGGCGGCCGAGCUGCACAAGAGGGUCGUGGGGCAGGACACCGCGGUCGACGCAGUGGCGGCCGCGGUGCUGCGCAGCCGCGCAGGGCUGGCGGCGCGCAACCGCGGCAGCAGCUUCCUGUUCCUGGGGCCCACCGGGGUCGGCAAGACGGAGCUGGCCAAGGCCCUGGCGCAGCAGCUGUUUGAUGACGAGAAGAUGAUGAUCCGCCUGGACAUGAGCGAGUACAUGGAGAAGCACAGCGUCAGCCGCCUGGUGGGGGCGCCCCCCGGCUACGUUGGCCACGAGGAGGGCGGCCAGCUGACAGAGGCGGUGCGGCGCAAGCCUUACGCUGUGGUGCUGUUUGACGAGGUGGAGAAGGCCCACCCCGAGGUCUUCAACAUACUGCUGUCGGUCCUGGAUGAUGGCCGGGUCACGGACAGCAAGGGGCGCACCGUGUCGUUCGCCAACACCAUCGUCAUCCUCACGUCCAACCUGGGCAGCCAGUUCCUGCUGGAGGCAGCUGUUGCACAGAGCAGCAGGCCCACCACACCAGACGCUGGCCGCCCGCGCACGCCCGUGACCAUGGCUGCUGCCAAGGAGCUGGCCCUGGGCGCUGUGAAGCGCCACUUCCCCCCUGAGUUCCUCAACCGUCUCGAUGACAUCGUGUGCUUCGACCCCCUGGCCAAGGGCCAGCUCAUAGGGGUGGCGCGCCUCAUGGCGCAGGAGCUCAACGACCGCCUGGCCCCCAAGAACAUCACGCUGGCCAUGACUGACGCCGCCCUCGAGUACGCCGUGGCAGCAUCGUACGAGCCCGCAUACGGUGCCAGGCCGCUGCGUCGCUGGCUGGAGCACCACAUCAUUACGGACCUGUCGCGCAUGAUCAUCAGCGGCGAGCUGGAGGACUCGACCACGGUCACGUGCGACUACAGCGGUAUCACGGGGACACUCGCCUACAGCUCCGAGCCCAAGCCGGUGCUGCCUGGCGCCGCCACCCCGCGUUCCAACGGCAAGCGCCCCAUAAACCUGGAGCCAAUGGGUUACACGGUGGAGGACCCCGACGACGAUGACGACGAGAUGCGGGAAUGA